CAAACAAACAGGGCGCUGUGCAGAGGUGUUGACAGAUGAGUUAGCAGUGAGUGGUGGUGGAGGUGGUGUCAUGCAGAUGCCUCCUGUCCCCAUCGAUGCAUUGGAAAAGUGACAUCAACAUCAACAGUGAAGAUGGCUCAUUGAUGAGCAGGGGGGGGCUACGUCUAUAUAAAGGGGAGAACCCUCGUCGCACUAAACACUCAUCAACAAGUUGGACUUCUUUGCUGCUGAUACACGACUUUUUCAACAAAAACCUGAUUUUUUUUUCCUGGAUAUAUAAGGACAGGAAAUCUGGUAAGAAUGGCAUGACACUGGAUAAGUAGCUUUCUAAAUCAUUGAAUAAUUAUAUAAAUAAAUAGAAGACAAGUGUUUUGGGAGGCAAAUAAUAACUUUUCUAACUUAUUUUAUGUUUUUUUUCAGUUACUCAACAUGUUUUCACUGAGGUUCUUGGAAACAUUGGUUCUGAUGUUCUUCCUCGCCAGUUUACACAUACAGGCGAAACCACUGAGAAAGAGAACCAUCAGUGAGGUUCAGCUAAUGCACAACGUUCGGGAACACAAACAGGUGGGGGACAGACAGGACUGGCUGCAGGAGAAGUUAAAGGACAUCGUUGUCGCCAGCGCCAAACCACAACACAGACAAUCUGGGAAUAUCAAAAAUAUUUUUCCAAAUGAUGUUCUUGGAACAAACAUGCGGAAAAGCUGAACAAAACAU